AGAUUGCUAGGUAUUCUAACAGGGAUAUUGUCAUCUACAUCUCUAACAUUUGGUGGAUUAUGUGUACAGCAGCUCAGUGAUAGAGAUAUUGGGAACUUUCAACUGGUCUUUCUCAGGAUGAUUCCUCAUCUUUUCAUGGCUUCAAUAUGGUUGAUUAAAACUCAAGGAGAAAAAAACAAAAAUUUAAAUGCUUUAAGAACACGAGAUAAACUUUUUAAUUUAAUAAACAGUGCUAUAUAUACAAGUGCUGUAGUCAUGUUGGUGGCUGGACUGCGCACCAUGGCUGGGAUGGGAAGCAUCUACAGCAUUAUGAGCUCAGGAAGACUUGUACUAGUUGUUAUCCUUUCCCGGAUAUUUCUCAAGGAAUCGCUGAACUUAAUCAAAA